UGGAGGGAUCACUGCCUCUCCAGCUUUCACAACACAGGACAGAAACAGUAGAGUGACUUUGGGAAAGCAGAGACACGCACGAGGACUUGAGGAGAAUUCAAGACCUGAAGAGAGAGGAGUACGAGUGUGAAGGAACUUGUUUGGCAGGAUUUUUCAGUGUGUGUGUGUGUGUGUAGAGUGAGACUUCUGAUCUGUGAAGUGAUUUCCUCCUCAGUAUAGAAAGGAUUACUUUGCUCAUUGCAUGCAGGACGGAUUUAACUCCAACUUGUGAUAUCUUAAAGUUUUGAUGCAAAUGCAUGUGACUGCAAAAAUGGCGAACUCUACCUUCCAGCUCAUUGAGGACUGUGAAGCCACUCACAAGGGGCUGUAUAAGUUCUAUGCAGCUGUCAUGAUUGUGAUUUUCAUCCUGGCGUUGCCCCUGAACGCCUCAGUCCUCCACCUCUUCAUCUUCAAGCUGAAGUUCUGGAAAACAAACACCAACAACGUCUUCCUCUUCAACCUGGUGUUGGCCGACAUCCUGCUGCUCUUCUGCUUGCCCAUCAAGGCGUACAACUUCAUCCACGGAGAGCGGAGGAGCACGGACGACACGGUGUGCAAAGCCAUGCUCUUCAUGCUGUUUCUGAACCGUGGAGCCAGUAUCGCCUUCCUCACCGUGACCUCCAUAGAUCGGUACUUUAACGUGGUGCACCCGGGUCGGAAGAAUCUCCUGCGAGCUCUCAAGAAGUCUCCUCAGAUCUCGAUCCUCAUCUGGCUGCUUCUUCUGCCCCUCACCAUCCCCACCAUGCUCAAGAACUUUGACUGCUGCAACAGCCACAAGAGCGACGGUGCCAAAGACGACACGUUGAUCAAGGAUUUGGUGGACAGCAUGCGAGAGGUGGUCUUCUUCACCCAGAUCCUCAUCCCCUUCGUCAUCCUGGUCUACUGCACGGUGCACAUCGUCAACCGGCUCCGGAAGAAGACCAUCGGGGACAGAACCAAGCUGAAGAGAGCCGUGUUCCUGGUGACCUCCGUCAUGGUGGUCUUCUCCUUCUGCUUCCUCCCCUGCACCAUCGCCAGGAUGGUCCUGCUGAUCGCCCGGGUGGAGGAGUGGGAGGAGUCCUACCAGGAUAAAGCCGCCGUGGCCUUCGACGGCCUCAUGGUUCUCUCCUACAUGGACUGCCUGCUGGAUCCGCUCGUCUACUGCUUCUGCAGCACCAAGUUUAAAGCUCUUUAUCGCUCCAGUUACUUCCCAUUCUUGAAAAGCGAAGCGGUGCCACUCGACAGCUCGACGGGGACCGGGACUGGGGCUGCGACCCACACAACACGCACUAAUGCCAUUUGAACAUCAGGGAAAAGGGAGGAUGACAACAGACAGAUACUACCUGUGAUGGACACUGUGCCCCAAAAACUGUGACAUUUUAAGAGAAGGGGACUCAGAGAUUAUUUAAGUGUUUUCUUUAGAUUGUUGAAUUUGAAUUCUUACGAGGUACGUGUGUAAAUAGACGGGGCUGUUUCUUUUUCUUUCUUUCUUUCUUUUAAAGUUAUGUUUUUGGGCUUUUCGCCUUUAUGAUAGGACAGCUGAUGAGAGACAGGAAAUGUGGGGA